AUGGUGGUUAGAGAUACAGAACAUUGCAUCUGUUCAUGGACUGACAAGUGUUGUAUGAGGCAAGAGGGGCGACCUGGUCCCCGUGCUUCGCAGUUCCAGGUUCAGGUCUCGGGGCGCUCCAUCCCCUGGGGACACGCUAGGAAGGCCGGCCUCCACGUUGCUCUUAUGGUGAGCUUGGCAGUUCGAGGCGCCGCUGGGCGAUGGCACUUGAUCGCUAUUACCACGCUGCUGAUGGCGAUGAGGGUGAACUCCGAGAUCUUAUAUGCCGAAACUGCACCGAUGCCAUACAGCGUUUGGGCAGCCGACCUGUUACCAGGUUAUGUGCUCAACCCAGCCAUCAGGAAUGGACGAUCGUGUGUGUGUAAGCAGAAAAGUCUGGCAGCACUGAUGGAGUCUUCCUAUGGACUCAUGUCAAAUGGCUUUACCGUUGGAGGACUUGGCACUGUUGGUAAGGACAUUGAGAAUUAUGGACUGGAUCAUUUGAACCAACGACAUCUACAACUUCAUCGACAUCGACUUCCUCAUCUACGACAUCAAUACGUCAACUACAUCUCGACAUCAACAUCAACUACAACAUCUACAUCAACAUCAACUACAUCUACAACAUCAACUACAUCAUCGACAUCAACAUCAACUACAUCUACAACAUCAACUACAUCUACAACAUCAUCUACAUCUACAUCUACAUCAACUACCUCUUCUACAACAUCUACAUCAACUACAUCAUCUACAACAUCAUCUACAACAUCAACUACAUCUACAUCUACAACAUCAACUACAUCUACAUCUACAUCAACUACAUCUACAACAUCAACUACAUCUACAUCUACAUCAACUACAUCUACAUCUACAACAUCAUCUACAUCUACAUCAACAUCUACAUCAACAUCUACAUCAACAUCUACAUCUACAUCAACUACAUCAUCUACAACAUCUACAUCCAACUGCAUCAUCUACAACAUCCACAUCAACUACAUCUACAUCUACAACUACAUCCUCCACAACAUCUACAUCUACUACUACAUCUUCAACAACAUCCACAUCAACUACAUCAUCUACAACUACAUCCACAUCAACUACAUCUACAUCAAGUACAUCCACAACAACUACUCCACAUCUACAUCAACUACAUCCUCAACAUCCACAUCAACUACAUCUACAUCAUCCACAACGUCAACAUCAACUACAUCUACAACGUCUACAUCAACUACAACCUCAACAACAUCUACAUCUACAUCAUCUACAUCAUCUACAACGUCCACAUCUACAUCAACUACAUCCUCAACAUCUAUAUCAACCACAUCCACAUCUACAUCAACUACAUCAACAUCCACAUCAUCUACAUCAACCACAUCCACAUCUACAUCCUCCACAUCUACAUCAACUACAUCUACAUCAACUACAUCCACAUCUACAUCAACUACAUCAUCUACGUCAACAUCAUCUACGUCUACAUCAACUACAUCUUCCACAUCUACAACUACGUCUACUUCUACAACGUCUACAUCAACUUCAUCUACAUCUACAACUACAUCCUCCACAUCUACUACAUCUUCAACAACUUCAACAACAUCCACAUCAACUACAUCUACAACUACAUCUACAUCUACAUCAACUACAUCUACAUCAACUACAUCCUCAACAUCCACAUCAACUACAUCUACAUCAAGUACAUCCACAACAACGUCUACAUCAACUACAUCAUCUACAACUACAUCCUCCACAUCUACAUCUACUACAUCUACAACAUCCACAUCAACUACAUCUACAUCAACUACAUCCACAACAUCUACAUCAACUACAUCAUCUACGUCAACAUCAUCUACGUCUACAUCAACUACCACUACAACAUCUACGUCAACAUCAUCUACAACGUCAACAUCAACUACAUCAACAUCCACAUCAUCUACAUCAACCACAUCCACAUCUACAUCAACUACAUCCUCAACAUCAACUACGUCUACAUCAACUACAUCCUCAACAUCCACAUCAACUACAUCAUCUACGUCCACAUCAACAUCUACAUCCACAACGCGAAGGUAA